AUGCCGCCCGUGCCUGACGUCGGUCACCACAACCGCGAACACGCGAACAUGCAAAUAACGGCGUGCUGCUAUGUAAAGACAGAGCAGGGUACAGGCAGUGGGCUCACUGGCGCGCUGAUCUCUAGGAUUGAGAUCCGCCAUAUUAUCUGUUACGUGCUUCUGAAAGAGCAAGGCCUGCGCUAA